UAAAAGCCCCCCCAGGGCCCCGCCUGGUCAGUGGCGUAGACACAGCAGCAACAUGGUGGACACCGCUGUGCGCCUGGUGGCUCUGGCACUCCUCGGAGCCGCAGUGUGUGCUGCACAGCCCAGGGGUCGGAUCCUAGGGGGCAGGGAGGCCGAGCCCCACGCGCGGCCCUACAUGGCGUCGGUGCAGGUGAACGGCGCGCACGUGUGCGGCGGCUUCCUGGUGGCCGAGCAAUGGGUGCUGAGCGCAGCGCACUGCCUAGAGGAUGCGGCCGGCGGGAAGGUGCAGGUGCUCCUGGGCGCGCACUCCCUGUCGCAGCCUGAGCCCUCCAAGCGCCUGUACGAUGUGCGCCGCGCGGUGCCCCACCCGGACAGCCGGCCCGAGACCAUCGACCACGACCUCCUCCUGCUGCAGCUAUCCGAGAAGGCCGUGCUGGGCCCCGCCGUGCGCCCCCUGACUUGGCAGCGCGAGGACCGCGACGUGGCGCCCGGCACGCUCUGCGAAGUGGCCGGCUGGGGCGUGGUCAGGCACACCGGCCGCCGGCCCGACCGCCUGCAGUACGUGUCGGUGCCCGUGCUCGACCGUGCCACCUGCAACCUGCGCACCUACCACGACGGAGCCAUCACUGAGCGCAUGAUGUGCGCGGAGAGCAAAAGCCGAGACAGCUGCAAGGGUGACUCCGGGGGUCCGCUGGUGUGCGGGGGCGUGGCCGAGGGCGUGGUCACCUCUGGCUUGCGCGUCUGCGGCAACCGCAAGAAGCCCGGGAUCUACACUCGCACAGCGAGCUACGUGGCCUGGAUCGAUGGCGUCAUGGCCGAGGGCUAGGUCGCCUGAAGAGGACCCGGGGUGGGGUCAGCAGUCACCACGGUUGUGGGGGACUCAGCAAUAAAGUUAUUCAGCCCUGCA